GGUGGUGGUGGUGGUGGUGGUGGUGGUGGUGGUGGUGGUGGUGGUGGUGGUGAUGGUGGUGGUGGUGGUGGUGGUCGGGUGGCCGAGGUACUAAGCAGGAAGGAAAGCGAGGUGAUCGAGGAGGACAUGCAGGAAGACAUCGAUUCUACUCAGGAGGGUUCCUCACACGACUAA